AUGGGUCACCGCCUUGAUUACAAUCACUAUACUGUCGCUUGGAUUGCUGUUCUUCCUGUCGAAGCCGAGGCAGCUCUCGGGGUGCUGGACAAAAUACAUGAAGGCCACUUUGAGUCACUAACCAACGACGACUACAUCUACAUUGGGGGCGAGAUCAACGAUCACAAUGUCGUUAUUGCUACCUGGCCUGCUGGUCAAAACUACGGGCCUAGCUCUGCCGCUGCAUUGGCAAACCAGGUCAAGCUCCGCUUCCCGCGCCUCUGGUUUUCGUUGCUUGUUGGCGUUGCGGCAGGUCUCCCAAAUCUCUCUCCGAAAGACCCAAGCAAACGCCGGGAUAUUCGUCUGGGUGAUGUCCUUGUGAGUGUACCCGACCAGCGAAACACGGGAGUCUUCUACUAUGAUCUUGGCAAAGCCGCCGCGGAAGGCUUUCUAUGUAUCGGCCGGCAAGCUGAGACCAUGGCGAUUGUCCGAUCCGCCAUCAGGCGCAUCCAACUCCUCCACAAGAGGCCAUUCAAGAAGGGGAACCAAUUCGCGAGGUACCUGGCUGACCUCCAGGCGUCCAGCGAAGAUGGUAAAUUCUCCUGUCCGAGCCAAGAACAGGAUAUCCUCUGUGACAGUCAUGCCAAAGGAAGCCUGUCUUCACUACCCGUUCGUGUCAAAAGACCACCGCGGGACGAGUCUGAACGCACGUUAGUGUGGCAUGGCACGAUUGGCUCGGGGAGCAGUUUGAUGAAGGAUGCUGUGCGUAGAGAUUGGCUCAGAGACGAGCAUGAUCUGAUUGGCCUAGAAAUGGAAGCAGCGGGAGUUAUGAACACUCUUGCACCAGGAGUGAUCCUAGGCGUCUGCAACUACGGGGACGCUCAGAAGAACGACGACUGGAAACCAUACGCUGCCGCCGUGGCUGCUGUUUACGCAAAAGGCGUCCUCUGUGCGAUCGCUCCAAAGAUUGAUUCCGUCAGCAACAUGGUUGCAACCGCCGACCUCAGAAUUGCAGAACACACGCCGCUGUACGUAGUACCAUCGGCAUCUAAAGAUGAGUUCUUGGGAUGUGCAUCCCAGCUGACCAACUAG